AGAGUGAGAAUGAUUUGUUUUAACAAAUUCCUUUUUUGACAAGUGAAUGUUUUUCUCCUUAAACUUGGACGGAAUUCUGUCGUCUAAUUUAAACGAAAUGAAAAGACGGAGGAACGGCGAGGUAGCGGGAAUGGCUGGAACUGGAACAGGAGCUAUAAGACCGGUGAAUAGUAUGGCGGGGCUAGGGUCUCCCGCCCCGGCGUUCCCUCAUUCAAUCGGCGGAACAAACAAGCAGCAGGGAGGAAAACCGGUUCCUAUGAAACUUUUCGCCACCUGGGAGGUAGAGAGAACUCCGCCAAAUUGCAUUCCAAGGCUGUGUUCGUUGACCCUCUCCCGGUUAGUUCUUUUCAAGUCCCUGGACACUGAACUCAACUCAAUUAUCAUUGCUGUGAAAAUGCAGAGUUCAAAAAGAACAUUAAGAUCUAAUGAGAUACUGCUACCCUCUACUGGACUACUGGAUACUGAACUAGAACUAAAUUUCUCUCUACAGUAUCCACACUUCCUAAAAAGAGAGGGAAACAAGCUUCAGAUAAUGCUUCAAAGAAGGAAAAAGUACAAAAAUCGAACUAUUUUGGGAUUCAAAACUCUUGCGACAGGUGUGAUCAACAUGAGCCAGGUGCUCCAGAGGCAGAUGGAACAGGAGCUGGAGUUGGUGGACAGCAAGGCAGGGGGAGUAGUUCUAGGAAAGGUUUACAUGCAGUCCCUGUCCUCCCAGCCAGUAGACCAUGAGGAACCGGGGAAACAGAUGGUGUUGGGGGACCAGGAGAGAGGAGAACUGAUGUAUUCUGAAGAUGAGGAUGAGUUCUCGUCUCCUGAGGAAGGAUCAGAUUCUGAACCUAUGCUUGAUGAUGAUCAGAGAGGAACUUCAGUUAGAAGGAAAUCAAAUAAAGGGUUAACUAACGCUGCGGCUCGUCAAAGGAAUAUGCGCCAGCGAUUUGUAGCUCUUCUUCGAAGGUUUAAAGUAAAUGAACCUGAACAGCUAAAAGGACUCAAAUCUAAUAAUUUGUCAGGAGAGCAGAGGGCGCAGGUUGGUGAUGUUGAUCCCGAGGAGAUUGAGGAUUUAAUAAACGAGCUGGAGGACUUGUCAGACUCAGGACCUGACGUUGAUACUAUCUCUGUAGGAUCUACUCCGAAACCUUCUCUCAGACCUUUCUUCUCUUCAUCCCGAUCUUUGAUAAGAGAAGCAUUAGAUCACCCAACAACAGUUAAACCUAAGAACUCAAUCCUUGAAAAGCCUGAUUUUGGUUCUGACCAUCUGUCUGAUGACUCUAGUAAGGGAGGAGGAGUAUCUGAUUCCCAGGGUGAAACUGUAACAGAUCCUGAACACUCAGAUACACAGGGGUUCCCAUCCUCUCCACCACAGUCAGGAGACGAAAAAAUUAAGACGGAGAACCGGUUUGAUCGGUUGGAUCGACGAAGUAAAUUGUUUUCAUUGAAGCAACCAAAGCAUUCUACUCUUCCCGGUCACAAGGAUAAGAUUGAGAGGUUAAACUCCGGCAGUUUCACUGGAACAGACUCUUCUCCGCGUAAAGUUCUCUUGGAACAAUUAAGUAAAACUUUGCCAGCUGAUGACGUUCUUCCUGAACAGAUUAUUCUUGCCAAUACUGGAGACCCACAGGCCUCUCAUCUAGUCUCUAAACUUGCUGAAACAGGAUUAAAGGUGAUUUGUACAGCUGGACCUGCUGAUGUACGGGCUACUCUAACCUGUCUUGUCACAAGAAUACAGAAAUUUUGUAAUACAAACAUUAACCCACCAAAUAUCAUCAGGGUCGGACUUAUAGGUUCAGAUGCUUUCUUGAAUUCUAUGCUCCGACCCUAUGUCGAAUUAUUCUCCAGUAAACCUCCAGACAUUACAAUGUUCUUCAUUAUACCCCUGGGAGUGAACACUGUAGCUAAGAGUUUAGCUGCUCGGUGUCCUGUUUACUGUCAACUGUUCCAGGAUGAAUCUUGGAGAGAUCUUCUUGAUAAGGCUGAGCCAAGUAAGCAUGAUGUAGCUGAACUGGUAUCAAGAGUUGAGCAGUAUUUGAAGACAGGUUACACCACUCAGCUAACCAUAGCUGAAGCAAUGGUAACAUACAAAGAUAAAUCUUCGGAAGAGGAAUCUUGUCAAGUUUUCGUCCCGUUUGUCUCCGACGUGAGACUCUGGACAGGAACAGAACCGGAGACAGAAGACAUCCAACCUCUGUCCUUGUCCUUCGGACACGGAGCUAACUCCUUCCUAGACCGGAGUAGGACAGACCGUCCUAGUCCCCCAAGCUCACCCAACAUAUCAAAGUAUAGUUUCGACUCAGUUUCCAAGUCCGAGGACCUGAUGGAGCUUCAGCUCGACUACUGGAUCUAUGACAAGUUCCAAGGAAAGCUCGACACCAGUGAUCGUAAGUCAGAAUCUGACAAGAAAAAACAGGAUCCAAAAUCUUCUAUUCGAACCAACUUCCGGGGUCUUCUUAUUAGUCAUCUGUCCUCCUCUUCUCUGCUGGCACAUUCCUCCGACUACCAUUACUUCAACAUGACAUACACAACUAAGGAGAAGAGACCGAAGGCGGUGCUCAAGAUAGGAAAGAAGAAGGAGAAAGGCGACUCGGAUACAAAGACGACCACCAUUGAUGGAAUCAGUAGGUUGAUCUGUAUGGCAAAAUCAAGUCAUCCUUUGAAGGUUUAUAUCGACGGACAAGAUUGGACAGGAGUCAAGUUUUUCCAGUUAAGUUCACACUGGCAGACUCACAUCAAACACUUUCCAGUAGCGGUGGGUACUUCAUCAGCAUCAUUAGAGUAGUACUCAAGUACAACAUGGAGUAGGAGUACCUACAGGAGUAUCACUGGAGUGGACAAGAACAACUCCAUCUUGCCAAACACUACUUCUGUCCUACUCUCGAUAUUAUUAUCAAUCUCAACCAGAACCGGAAUCAAAAUUUAACUUUCAACAUUUGUAGAAUAGUUUUCAGACCUCCUGGCGGAUUUUUUUUUCAAUAUGAGCUCUUUCAACCUCAGACGGUAUUUUUUCGUCUGAAACCUCUUUCAAGGAAUGUUUUAAAUCGGACAGUGUAGCCAGUAUUUGAGCUCAUUAAGUCAUUUUUUCAAAUGAGCUUUAGAUUAAGUACUAAAAGUCAACCAAGUGCAUAUAUUUGUGUUCCUAAAUUAUAAAAAUGAAUUAUUAUGAAAUAUCAAGGUCCCUAUAAGUGUUCUCUACUUAUGCUUAUAUAUUUAUUCUGUACCAGACCAAGUAUGGGGCAGAACUUUAAUUAAUUUAAAACAUCUUUCUGAAACUUGUAAUAGGUUUGCCGAAACGUGAUAUUUGAUUUGACGAAAUGUUCAACAAAUCCUGAGUUAUUGUUCUUGUUGUCUUCCAGUUACAUAUAUUACCAUAGUAUUUUUAUUAUUUACCCAUAGAUUACAAUAAGUUACCACAUCUGCUUAGGCUUGUCAACAAUUUCCAGUUGUCAGCUUUUCUAAACCAUCUUAGCAGAAUUGUAUGUUAAAUUUUUGGCGUGAUUAAGUCAACCAACUUUCAUCAUCCCUUUUCCUGGUUUUCUGUCUCAUUUUUACAUGAGGUUGCUUGGGACCAACGAGGUUUGUGCAUUUUGAAUAAAAAUGUUUAAAAUAUUUAAUGCUUAUUAUAAAUUGGUUGGUUUAAUAUGUACAUUCUUGAUAAUUGGGUGAACUCAGUAGAUCCAUUCCUCAACAGUUUUUUGAGCUUUAAUCUAUUUAGAAUUAACAAUGCAUCGCUUGAUCUUGUAAACCGUCAAUAGUAAUAAAAUAGACAAUGCAGAACUAGGUUUUAUAAACACUUGAUUUAUAACUACUUUAAGUGUUCACUUUAGAUAUGGCAUUUUCUUAUAUCAGUUCUUAAGCUUUCCAAACUCUGAUCUUUUCUAAAAAAUAUUCAAUAAAGUCUCAAAUGUGUGAUUAUUCUAUGUACAGAAACCCUGGUUUACAUAACAAUCCAAAGUAUUAAGUGUGAAUUCAUAACAUUUUACACAGUAAAUUGAAUAAAUUGACGUUAACUUGACGAUACAGCAUAAUGGCGAAAACUUUUUUCCAAUGUGUAGAAUUUGUUUAAUUUCCAAUCCACGCUAGUAUUGGGUAUUUAAAUAGAAGUAAAAUGUUAAAUAUAUGAUAUUUAAAAUUUCAUAAUUUUCCAUAUUAUAAGUUAUAAUUGUAUGUGAGCUAUAAAAAAUUUAAUAAUUUAGAAAUCUGCUGCAUUGUUAACCUAAGAUUUCUUAGAUUUUUUAGAUUUCUUAAAUUUCUGUAGUUGUCCAACAAAAAGAUUAUAAAUUUCAAACCUAAAA